AUGACUUCCAAUUCCUCAAUUCCUCACCUCCGACAAUGUGGAAACACCAAACAACUUAUUCUUCAUGGCAAACCGUAUCUGAUGCUAGGCGGGGAGCUGCAAAAUUCCUCGCUUUCGUCUGCCGAAUACAUGAGCGAGAUUUGGCCUAAGAUGGUUGCAACGAAUGUCAAUACUCUUCUUGGCUCCGUCAGUUGGGAGAUGAUUGAGCCUGAGGAAGGCAAGUUCGACUUUAAAGAGCUGGACAAAGUCAUAUUAGAUGCACGAAAACACGGCUUACAUCUAAUCUUAUUAUGGUUCGGGUCAUUUAAGAAUGGUGAGUCGGCAUACCUAGGUACUCUCGUGACCUAUUUCCAUAUACUGAUAGGUGCAUCGCUAGGCAGAUCGACUUACACGCCAUCAUGGGUGAAGAAGGAUCCGAAACGCUUCCCACGCGCUGAACUUCGAAGGGCCGGAGGAGUGAUUGAGAUUGCAGAUGUCUUGUCUCUGUUCCACAAGCAGAAUGUUGAAGCGGAUGCGAAAGCAUUUCAAAAGCUGCUUGCUCAUGUCAAAGAGAUAGAUGAAGAUCACAGUACCGUGUUGAUGGUGCAAGUCGAGAAUGAAGUCGGUCUUCUAUUCGACAGCCGGGACGGAAGUGAGGAGGCUAACAAAGUCUUCUCUGAAACAGUACCAGCAGAACUUCUUCAAUUCUUGAGCAACGACUAUGAUCGACUACACGCCGAUCUCAAAGCCAACCUCCAGACUUUCGUCGCGCGCUCGAAGCCGCAGUCUGGUACAUGGGAGGAAGUGUUUGGCGUUGGUAGCAGGACUGACGAGCUCUUCAUGGCGUACCAUUACGCACACUAUGUCAAUCGUGUAGCAGCGGCUGGUAAAUCCGUAUACACAAUCCCGUUGUACACCAACGUAUGGCAGAACUAUGCUGGGGAGGAUGCUGACAACGACACUCCUAUCGUCGUGGGCGGAGGCGGAGAGCCUGGUGAUUAUCCUUCCGGAGGCGCAACAAGCAACGUUCUUGAUAUAUGGCUACGAUUUGCGCCAGACCUCGAGUUCAUUGCGCCGGACAUUUAUCUUAAUGAGUACACUGGCUUAUGCGCGAAGUACCGACAUGGCGAUAACACGCUUUUUAUCCCUGAGCAGAGAAGAGAUGAAUAUGGCGUUCGUCGGAUUUGGAUAGCCUACGGAACCUUUCAAGCUCUAUUGGCUAGCCCCUUCGGCAUCGACACUUUAGAGCCUGAGAAAAAUCCUUAUACGAAACACUAUGGACUCUUAUCACAGGUCUCUCAGAUUGUCCUUGAAGCGCAAAGUAAUCCAGGCUCGUCGGUUGGCUUCUGUUUUGAUGAAAUGAUCGGCGAUAGAGAUCCAUCCAAACCCAUCAAGCAACGUUUCGGCGACUGGGAUAUCACUGUAGAGCGCUCCUUUGUCUUUGGCAAGCCUGGAACUGGCAGUGGUAUGGUCAUCCAUCGUGGCGGAGCGAGCUUUUUACUUAUCGGCUGGGGGUUUCAGGUGAUGGGUCGAUCGACAAAGGCCGACACAAAGUUCAACGGUAUCCUGAGGAACGAAGAGAAGAUCGUAGAUGACGUAGCGACAGGUUCAUUACGAACACUCAGAACGUUGGGCGGUGAUGAGACGAGAAGUGGAGCGAACGCGAUGAUGCCAAAUGAAGACCCCGACUAUGGAGGAUUUCCUAUUGCCAUAACAAUUCCGACAAGAACUGGUAUCGCUGAGGUUGAAUUCUACUCCUUCUAG